CUCACUCUCUCUUAUAAUUUCCUUCAUAAACAUCAUCAGACACAUCCCACCCCUCCCUUCCAAACUGAACCGAAGCUCCUGCAUUGUGUGGAGUAAGUGAGGCACAGAGCUCCGCUCUCCAACUCCACCACCGGCUCACAACUGCGCGCUAUUGUUCCAGGAUUUCUCAUCUCUGUUCUGCCGUUUUAUUCACGUAACUUUCUUUAACGUUUACCCCCGUAACUAAACAUGUAAUGGAGGUAACGGAAAUGACCGCGAGCAGUGUUUACAAGUAGAUGUUGUCGCCAGAUUGACUUCGUUUGUAAAUUUGCGCUAUAGCACCCGUUCUCCAAUAGUACCUGUUUAAAGGAUUUCUGACAGAGUUCAGAGACGGUUAACCCGAGGAGAGAUGCAGCACCCGGGCAUGCACAGGACGAAGGCGCUCGGGCACGAUCCAGGUCGCCCCCUUCCUCCCACGCCUUCAUCCAGCCUGCUCCCCCCAGCCCCUCCUCCCCCCUCCGCCCCCUUGCACCAGACCGCCACCUCCAUCAGGGAGUGUCAGAUGCCCCUUUUGGACAGCGGCUCCUCCCGUGCCAUACUGGACCCCCCUCCCGAUGACGAGUUCUCUCCCAACUCCUACCUGCUCCGUGCACAGCCCCCCACCACCGGUGCAUCCAGUCAUCACAGUCAUACCUCGCUUCGACCUCCUCUGCCCCCACCACACAACCACCACCAGUCGCUGGCAAAUACCCUCAACCGCAGCUCCCAGUCCAGCCGCAGGAACCCCCAAAGCCACGCACCGGCAGCGGCCCCCACGGAUGGACCCUCCACCCCUGAAUCCGUCCAGCUCCAGGACAGUUGGGCUCUUAACAGCAGUGUCCCGCUGGAGACACGGCACUUUCUCUUUAAGACCCCGUCUGGGAGCACUCCUCUAUUUAGCAGCUCAUCGCCUGGUUAUCCCCUGACCAGCGGUACCGUCUACUCUCCCCCGCCCCGACUUUUACCCAGAAACACCUUCUCCAGGAGCUCCUUCAAGCUGAAGAAACCCUCCAAGUACUGCAGCUGGAAAUGCGCCGCCGUGUCUGCUAUCGCAGCCGCUGUGCUGCUGGCCAUCCUGCUCUCCUACGUGAUAGCUCUUAAUCUGCUCGGCUUAAAUUGGCGUCUGAAACCCGCUGAAGGGCAUCUAGUGAGCACCGGCCUCAGCAUGAGUAUUCCUGGCAUCGGUGACGGGGCAACAGCGCCCUCCGGAGGCAGAGGGCCGUGGGUGUUGAAGAACAGCAGUAUAAACAGCGGGGAGCUGAUGCUGGGUCAACGGAUCAGUCAGGAUGUUCCUCCGGGCGUCUUCUGGAGGUCUUUACUUCACCUGCGCCAGCCACACUUUCUCAAGUUCAACAUCUCCCUGGGCAAGGACGCGUUGUUCGGGGUCUACAUGCGGAAAGGCCUGCCUCCCUCACACGCUCAGUACGACUACAUGGAGAGGCUUGAUGGAAAGGAGAAGUGGAGCGUGAUAGAGUCUCCUCGCGAGCGCCGCAGUAUUCAGACCGUCGUGCAGAAUGAGGCAAUUUUUGUGCAGUAUUUGGACCCCGGCACCUGGCAUUUGGCAUUUUACAAUGACGGCAAAGAGAAGGAGCCCGUCUCGUUCAGCACCGUGGCUCUAAACUCGGUAGAAGAGUGCUCCCAGAAUUGCCAUGGAAACGGAGAGUGCAUAUCAGGAGCGUGUCAUUGCUUCCCAGGGUUCCACGGCACGGACUGCUCAAAAGUGGCGUGUCCUGUGCUGUGCAGCGGGAACGGACAGUACAGCAAGGGUCUGUGCAUGUGCUACAGCGGCUGGAAGGGGCUGGAGUGUGACGUGCCGCAGGGGCAGUGCAUCGACCCCAGCUGCGGCGGUCGCGGGACCUGCACCCAGGGCAGCUGUGCUUGUGAAGCAGGUUACCGCGGCGAAUCCUGUGAGGAAGUGGAUUGCAUUGACCCUACAUGUUCUGGACACGGCAGCUGCGUGUCCGGUCAGUGUCACUGUAAGCCGGGUUGGUCAGGACUUCUGUGUGACGUGUCCAGAGCCCAGUGCCCGGAUCAGUGCAAUGGCCACGGAACCUACAGCCCGGACACGGGCCUCUGCAACUGUGAUUCCAACUGGAUGGGCCCAGACUGCUCGACGGAGGUAUGUUCAUCAGAUUGUGGCAGUCAUGGAGUGUGUGUUGGAGGUGUUUGUCACUGUGAGGAGGGCUGGACAGGCACAAGCUGUGACCAGAGACUGUGUAGCCCACAGUGUGUGAAACACGGAACCUGCAGGGACGGAAAGUGUCAGUGUGAGCAGGGCUGGAAUGGAGAACACUGCACCAUCGAUGGGUGUCCUGGGCUGUGCAAUGGGAAUGGGCAAUGCAUCAUGGGGCAGAACAGCUGGCACUGUGAAUGUCACACUGGUUGGAGAGGCCCGGGAUGCAACGUUGCCAUGGAGACCUCCUGCAAUGACAACAAAGACAAUGAAGGAGAUGGACUGGUGGACUGCAUGGAUCCGGACUGCUGCACACAGAGCUCAUGUUUGGCCAAUCCUCUGUGCCGUGGAUCACGUGACCCGCUUCAGGUCAUUCAACAUAGCCAAUCAGAGGUCGAGAAAGUGCCGUCGUUCUAUGACAGAAUUAAGAUGCUCGUGGGUAAAGACAGCACUCACAUCAUUCCAGGAAUCAACCCUUUCAAUGCCAGCCUGGCAUCACUGAUUCGAGGUCAGGUUUUGACGUCAGACGGGACUCCUCUGGUGGGCGUCAACGUUACCUUUGUGAAGUAUCCUCACUAUGGUAACACCAUGACCCGACAAGACGGCACAUUUGAUCUGGUAGCCAAUGGGGGAGGCUCUAUGACUCUGCGUUUCGAGCGUGCUCCGUUCCGAAGUCAAGAGCGCACGGCGUGGCUACCCUGGAACCGUUUUUAUGCCAUGGACACUGUGAUGCUCCAGACAGAGGAGAAAAUCAUGGCCAGCUGUGAUCUGAGUGGUUUCGUAAGGCCGGAUCCCAUCGUGCUGCCCUCUCCACUGUCAUCCUUCUUCAGCUCCGACCCUUCAGAGAGACACAUUCUCCCAGAGAGUCAGGUCCUUCACGAGCAGAUGGAGAUUCCCGGCAGCAGUCUGAAACUGUGCUAUCUGAGCUCAAGGACCUCAGGCUACCUCUCUCUUCUCAGAGUCAUCAUGACCCCGGCGAUCGUGCCUCUCAGCCUGGCCAAAGUUCAUCUUAUGGUGGCCGUGGAGGGUCAUCUCCUCCAGAAGUGGUUCCAUGCCUCCCCUAACCUUGCAUACACCUACAUCUGGGACAAGACUGACGCCUACAGGCAGAGGGUCUACGGCAUCACCGAGGCUUUAGUGUCGGUGGGAUACGAGUACGAGAUGUGUCCCAGUAAGGUCCUGUGGGAAAAGAGAACGGCUGUGCUGCAGGGGUACGAGCUCAACCCGUCAAACCUGGGCGGCUGGUCUUUAGACAAACACCACAUGCUGAACGUCCGCAGCGGUAUUCUACACAAGGGCAGUGGGGAGAAUGUCUUCCUGUCCCAGCAGCAGCCCCCCAUCAUUAAUAGCAUCAUGGGGAACGGGAGGAGGCGGAGCAUCUCCUGCCCAAGCUGCAGUGGGAUGGCGGAGGGAAACAAGCUGCUGGCACCGAUAGCCCUCGCCUGUGACGGAGAAGGCAACCUGUUUGUGGGUGACCUUAACUUUGUGAGGAGGGUCUAUCCGUCCCUCAAUACGACUGCUGUACUGGAGCUCAGGAAUAAAGAUCUGAGACACAGCAACAGUCCAAGUCAUAAGUACUAUCUGGCGGUGGAUCCAGUGUCAGGUUCUCUGUUCCUGUCAGACACCAACUCACGACAGAUCUACCGCGUGCAAGCUCUUAACGGGGCGCGCCCGCUGCUGGAUAACGCUGAGGUGGUGGUGGGAACGGGAGAGCAGUGCGUCCCGUUUGAUGAGGCUCGUUGUGGUGACGACGGAAAGGCAAUGGAGGCCACGCUGAUGAGCCCAAGAGGUGUUGCGUUGGAUAAGAAUGGCCUGAUGUAUUUCGUGGAUGCCACCAUGAUUCGAAAAGUGGAUCAGAAUGGCAUUAUUUCCACUUUGAUAAAGACCAAUGACUUGACUGCAGUCAGACCUCUCAGCUGUGACUCCAGCAUGGACGUCAGUCAGGUUCGUCUGGAGUGGCCUACAGACCUGGCCGUCAAUCCUAUGGACAACUCUUUGUACGUGCUGGAGAACAACGUCAUCCUGCGUAUCUCUGAGAACCACCAGGUCAGCAUCAUCGCAGGCCGACCCAUGCACUGUCAGGUCCCUGGCAUUGAUUACUCGCUCAGCAAGCUAGCCAUCCAUUCUGCAUUGGAGAGCGCAACAGCCAUAGCCAUUUCCCACACAGGUGUGCUCUACAUCGCUGAAACCGAUGAGAAGCGCAUCAACCGCAUUCGCCAAGUUAGCACCAGCGGAGAGAUCUCCCUGCUAGCUGGAACGGCUUCUGAAUGUGACUGCAAGAAUGAUGUCAACUGCAACUGUUUCUCAGGAGACGAGGGCUACGCCGCCGAUGCUGGUCUAAACUGUCCUGCUUCAUUGGCUGUGUCACCAGAUGGGACCCUGUAUAUCGCUGACCUCAACAACAUCCGUGUUCGAGCCAUUCGUGUCAACCGUCCUAACGCCACAGCGAGCGGACAGUACGAAGUGGGUUCGUCUUUGGAACAGGAGCUGUAUCUGUUCAGUCCUGAUGGACUUCACAGGCAGACGAUCAGCCUCAUCACAGGCUUGGCCUUGUAUAAUUUUACCUACGGGCUGGACGGAGAGUUGGCGGCAAUUACCGACGCCUCUAACAACACGCUUCGGGUGAGAAGGGAAGCCUCUGGGUCCAUCAGGCUCGUUCUGUUGCCAGAGAACCAGGUGGUUACUCUUGGAAUGGACCCAGCUGGAACCCUGCGCUCCGUGUCCGCCCUCAGCCAGGAAGUGGCACAGCUCAGUUACGCCUAUAACACGGAACUUUUGGCUUCCAAGUCAGAUGAGACGGGAUGGACCAACUUUUACAACUACGACAGCGAAGGUCGUCUAACCAACGUCUCGUAUCCCACUGGUGUAGUAACUAGCCUGCAUCGGGAAAUGGAGGAGUCUAUUAAUAUUGACAUGGAGAGCUCAAACCGAGAUGAUGAAGUCACCGUUAUCACAAAUCUUUCCUCCGUAGAGGCCUCAUACACUGUGGUUCAAGACCAAGUGAGGAAUAGCUAUCAGCUGUACCACAAUGGCACCCUACGAGUGUCCUACGCCAAUGGAAUGGGAAUGAGCUUUCACACAGAGCCACACAUCCUCGCUGGAUCCGUGAGCCCUACCAUUGGUAGACGCAACAUCACACUACCCACUGACAGCGGCCUCAACUCAAUCGAGUGGCGUAUGAGGAAAGAGCUGACCAAAGGCAAGGUCACAGUGUUCGGGAGGAAGUUGCGCGCCCACAGCAGGAACCUGUUAUCCAUCGACUACGACCGCAACACCAGAACAGAGAAGAUCUACGACGACCAUCGCAAGUUCACGUUGCGCAUCAUCUAUGACGCCCAGGGCCGGCCGGCCACCUGGCUUCCCAGCAGUAGCCUGGCCCUGGUUAAUGUGUCUUACUCGCCCACCGGCCGCCUGCUGGGGUUGCAGAGGGGCAGCAUGAGCGAGAAGAGCGAGUUUGACACAUUUGGACGGAUCUUGUCUCGAACCUUCGUUGAUGGGAAAGUUUGGAGCUUUAGCUACUUAGACAAGUCUAUGGUGUUGCUCCUUCAGCAGAGUCAGAAACAGUACGUCUUUGAUUACGACACAGCCGGUCGGCUCACAGCGGUCACCAUGCCGAGCAUGGCCAGACACACUAUGGCAACCCACGUGUCUGUUGGUUACAUCCGCAACACCUACAACCCUCCUGAAAGCAAUGCCACCGUCAUUCACGACUUUAGCGAGGACGGUCGUCCACGCGCCACCUUCCACCUCGGAACGGGCCGCCGUGUGCUCUACAAGUACGGGAAGCUGGGAAAGCUGUCUGAGAUCCUGUACGACGCCACUGCCGUCACCUUCGGCUACGAUGAGACCACCGGUGUCCUCAAGAUGGUCAACCUGCAAAGCGGAGGCUUCUCCUGCACCAUCCGCUAUCGCAAGCUGGGCCCCCUAGUGGACAAACAGAUGUAUCGUUUCUCGGAAGAAGGUAUGGUCAACGCUCGAUUUGACUAUACCUAUCACGAUAACAGUUUCAGGGUGGCCAGCAUAAAGCCGGUGAUAGGGGAGACUCCACUUCCUGUUGACCUUUACCGCUAUGACGAGAUCUCCGGUAAGGUGGAACACUUCGGCAAGUUUGGCAUCAUAUACUAUGACAUCAACCAGAUCAUCACCACAGCGGUGAUGACACUCAGUAAACAUUUCGACGCGCACGGACGCAUCAAAGAGGUGCAAUAUGAGAUCUUCCGCUCUCUGAUGUAUUGGAUGACGGUGCAGUAUGACAGCAUGGGACGCGUUAUCAAGCGCGAACUGAAGAUCGGUCCUUAUGCUAACACCACGCAGUAUCGCUACGAAUACGACGGCGAUGGCCAGCUAGUCGGCGUCAAAGUUGACGACUGGUCGACUUGGCGCUACAGCUACGACCUGAACGGCAACCUGCAUCUGCUGAACCCCGGUAAUAGCGCACGUCUACUGCCGCUGCGCUACGAUCUCCGAGACCGCCUCACACGGCUUGGCGACAUGCAGUAUCAGCUGGAUGAAGACGGCGUGCUGGCGCAGAGGGGUUCGGAUAUAUUUGAGUACAACUCGAAGGGACUCCUCGAAAGAGCCUACAGCCGAACACCAGGGGGUUGGAGCGUCCGUUACCGCUACGAUGGCUUGGGCCGCCGCGUCUCCCGUAGAACCGGCGAUGGCGAGCAUCAGCAGUACUUCUACGCCGAUUUGAACUACCCCACUCGGGUCACCCAUGUCUACAACCACUCCAAGGCUGAAAUCACCUCUUUUUACUACGACCUGCAGGGUCAUCUGUUUGCUAUGGAAGUCACCGGCGGAGAGGAAUAUUACAUUGCCUCGGACAACGUAGGCACUCCACUGGCCAUCUUCAGUAGUAACGGACAGAUGGUCAAACAGCUGCAGUACACAGCGUACGGUGAGAUCUACCAUGAUUCCAACCCAGAUUUCCAGCUCAUCCUAGGCUUUCACGGAGGUCUCUAUGAUCCCCUCACCAAACUGGUAGACUUUGCCCAGAGAGACUAUGACGUGUUAGCAGGAAGAUGGACUGCACCUGAUCAUACGUUGUGGCCGAAGAUAGGAAAAGAGCCGGCUCCGUUUAACUUAUACAUGUUUAAGAAUAAUAAUCCACUGAGCGAUAUGAUUGAUGUUAAGAACUAUGUGACAGAUGUGAAGAGUUGGCUGGUUAUGUUUGGCUUCCAGCUCAGCAACAUCAUACCAGGGUUUCCUAGACACUCGCUAUAUUUUGUUGACCCUCCUUAUGAGAUUCUCGCCAGUCAGGACUCUGAUAACGCUCAGCUUUUCACCGGAGUUCAGCAUUCAGUUGAAAGACACAAUCAGGCCUUCAUGGUCAUCGAGGGCAGGUUGCUUAACAAACAGCGUCGCGUCAAACGCGACAAACCCGGUUUCUGGUUCGGCACCAGCACACCCAUCAUCGGCAAAGGCAUGAUGUUUGCCAUUAGAGACGGCCACGUGUUAACAGACCUGUCUAGCAUAGCUGGCGAAGAUAGCCGCAAGAUUUCGCAGAUCCUCAGCAAUGCCAUCUACCUCGAGGGGUCUCACUACACCAUCGAUGGGCGCGACUGGCAUUUCUUUGUGAAGCUUGGAUUAGCAGACAGCGAUCUGCUGGCCCUCGGACUCAGCAGCGGCCAUAAGACGCUAGAGAACGGCAUCAACGUGACCGUCAGCGGACGCUCGCGACGGAGUGUCACACUAGAAAUCCACUCCUACAGACUAACCUACAGUGUUCGAUACGGAUUGUCAUUGGAGGUUCUGGAAAAGGAGCGAAGCCGCAUAUUGGAGCAGGCCCACCAGAGGGCGCUGUCCGGAGCCUGGGCUAGGGAGCAGCGGCAGGUACGCGACGGCAGGGAAGGAGGUCGGGUGUGGGCAGAAAAUGAGAAGCAGCAAUUGUUGGCCAUUGGGAAGGUUCCGGGUUACGAAGGCUACUACGUUUUGCCGGUGGAGCAAUACCCUGAACUGGCAGACAGCAGCACUAACAUCCAGUUCCUCAAACAGAAUGAGAUGGGCAAGAGGUAACAGAGUUGAACUGUUGAUGACGCCACAUCAUCUCCUACGGAGAGAACCGACAUAAAGAGCGCUGCAGAGACGUUUCCCAAAAGCUCCAUGCAAAUGGAGAAAUUACAGCCAGCAGCAAAAACAUUAUGACCCAAAUAAAAAAAGCACUUGUAAGUCCUUGUGACACAAGGCAGAUGGUGAUUUUUUCUAGUGACAUUUUGACUUUAUAGAACGUGGUAAAUCAUUUUUAGUCAUUUCUGACUGAUCGUAACAGACGUCUGCGUGAUAAUAGUGUGACGGCUCACCGCUUUGGUUUUUCAUGCCAAACUAGAAACAAAUGUAACAUUUCAAAUCACAAACGUUCAGUCUCAGGCCGCUGAAGAGAAUAGCCGAAAAUAACCCGUCAUCAUCCGCUCUUCUGUGUUUGUGAAACAACCGUUUAGGAACAAAUUCAGAAGUAGCUUUAGUGUCUCAACAUUUUCAGUCUCUUGUUCCACAUUUACUCAAAAGACGUUGUGGAUCUUGCAACAGUGUAUUGUAGGAAGAUUUCAAGUGCACCACAACUAGACUGAGCUGUUCUGGACAGCCUUAGACGGAGCGCAAGGUGUCAAUCAAAGCAACUCACAUCAUCUCUUCUGUUCUCAAUAUCUGACAAUCACAGGAAAAAAACUGAUCAAUAAACUUUACAUGAGCCAACGGUUUUGUAUAAUAUGUAAGAGAGAAAGAUUAUUGAUUGUCUGUUUUUUUAUUUAAUUUCAACUUGACACGUGAUAACAGAUGAAAGGGUAAUAUAUAUGGUUUUUAAUAUUGUUUUUUACUUUAAGUCUUUUAAUACUGUGAAACAUACCACACAUGUAAAAUAUUCUCAUUGACUGUAUUUAAAUCAAACUAGGACAUUUCUUUAAGGAAGUGGCUUUGUCGUUACAUUAAGUGAAAAUUCAUCGCAAGACUCAUCACAUGGUCGUUUUAUUUGACUAUUGCAGAAACUAAAGCAGCCGCCGACUUCCUUUUUUAUGACGUUUUUGAUGUAGAAUGUCUUCUGACUUGCAGUCAGUAAUGGUAUGAGCUCAAAAUCAAACAGCAACCUGUGGAAGGAGGUUCUUUGGAAAUUCUAGAAAAAAUAAACAUUUGCUUUUGUAUCUUUUGA